AUGACUCCAGAGAAUGCUAAACUGCAGAGAUGUUUGCAAAACCGUCGCUCGACUAUCAACUGUCUGUCAAAGGGUGUAGAGGACAACAAAACAUUCCCUUUUUCUCAGGAGAAAUCAGUGAAAGCAUGGACAUCUCUGGAGUAUCUGGAAAGUUCUGACAUCAAAGCAGAGGAAAGAUCCAAAGAGCAACAGUGCAUCAAUGUUAAUGUUGGUGGGAAAGUGUUUCAUAUCCCCAAUCAGUGUGCCAUUAAAUAUCCUCACACCCGGAUAGGUUCAUUGGCCCUCUGCAGGGACCGAGCAAAACUCCUUACGCUGUGCGACGAUUACUCUGUACGCAAGAACGAGUUCUUCUUUGACCGUGACCCUGCCUUCUUCCACCACAUCUGCCAUUUCUACACAAGCGGAGUGCUGUGGGUCAUACUGGAAAUGUGCCCCAUCAACUUCGAGGAGGAGAUCAAAUACUGGGGCCUGAGCCUGAAGGACACCCAGCGCUGCUGCUGCAUAAUGUUCGAGGAGAAGGUGGACGAGGUCAAGGACUACCUGAAGGUGGAGAUGGAGCUGUUGGCUGAGAUAGAGGUGAAGUAUGACAACAAGUUUUUCAAGGACAUGGUUUUUGGGAAUAUGCGUAAGACUUUGUGGGACAUUGUGGAAAAUCCGUACUCUUCAACUCUGGCGAAGGCUUUCACUGUGCUCUCCAACCUUUUUCUGUUCCUCUCCAUCGUCGCAAUGAGUCUCAACACUGUUGAGGAACUUGAAGAUUAUAAAAUCAACGGAAAAACAUACAUGGAAUGGGUGGAGAUCAUCACCAUUGUGUUCUUUACCUUGGAAUAUUUAAUUCGCCUUGUAACCACUCCUAACAUCACAAUGUUUUUGAAGAGUGGACUCAACUUCGUGGACAUGGUGGCGGUCAUGCCUUAUUUCGUCCAGAUUAUCUUUGAAACCUUUACUGACACUGAGAACUUAAAUGCACAGGAAGAUCUCAGGACCAUGGCGCGGGUCAGCAAGCUCAGCCACGUUCUUAAAGUCAUCAAGCUGCUGAGAAUCUUUCGGAUUUUGAAGCUGGCUCGACAGUCCACCGGCAUGAGAGCAUUUGGGUUUACACUGCGGCAGUGUUACCAGCAGGCCUCUUGCAUUUUACUCUUCAUUGCCAUGGGAAUCUUUACUUUCUCUGCCCUCCUUCAUUCGGCCGAGAGGGAAACUGAAGGAUCUCCUAUCAGCAGUAUCCCAGAUGCCUGGUGGUGGGCUGCAGUCAGCAUCUCCACUGUGGGCUACGGGGAUGUGGUUCCUGUAACUGUUGUGGGCCGCAUUGUGGCCUUUGGCUGCAUCUCAUUUGGCAUCAUCCUCAACGGCAUGCCAAUCUCUUUCCUCUUUAACAAGUUCUCUGAUUACUAUGCCAAGCUAAAAGCAGAGGAGUACAACAUUAACUCAGUGCAGCGGCGCUUUCAGCUCAAGAAGCGCCUCAGACGCAGAAUGGGCAUGUAUUUACAUCACUCAGAGGAAGACAAUAGUACAGACAGCCGCUUCGAGUGCCCACACUGA